ACCGGCUGUAUCUGCCUAUAAAUAUCCUUCUCCGUCCUCCAUCCUUCAUUCUUGAUGCAACGCUCCUCGGUAGAUCCCGAGAGCGAAAAACGAACCUCUCAAAAGAGUGAAGCGAAAAACCUUCGCAAUCAAUCCAACUUUUAAAUCAUUCCAUAGAUCGAAUCAAAAUUUUUAAUUCAAAAUUAUAAACUCGCUCAACCCUCUUCAAAUAUUUCGAUACCCUAAUUUUCUCGACUUUCGUCUGCAAAUUUGGCCGAUCUGUCUACAGAGCAACAGUAAUGGAUAUACGGUUCCCGCACUCUCCGGCAGAGGUUGCAAAAGUCCGGCUGGUUCAGUUCGGCAUCCUCAGUCCUGAUGAAAUUAGACAAAUGUCUGUUGUGCAUAUAGAGCAUGGUGAAACGACAGAAAGAGGGAAGCCCAAGGUAGCGGGACUUAGUGACCCGAGGCUUGGGACUAUUGAUCGGAAAAUGAAAUGUGAGACAUGUAUGGCUAAUAUGGCCGAGUGCCCUGGUCAUUUUGGGCAUCUUGAGCUUGCCAAGCCUAUGUUUCAUAUUGGAUUUAUGAAGACAGUACUCAGCAUUAUGCGAUGCGUAUGCUUCAAUUGCUCAAAAAUCCUUGCCGAUGAGGAGGAUCACAAAUUCAAGCAAGCCCAAAAAAUUAGAAACCCAAAAAACAGGCUUAAGAAGAUUCUAGAUGCGUGCAAGAGCAAAACUAAAUGUGAUGGUGGUGAUGAGAUUGAUUCUCAAAACCAGGAUACGGAUGAACCGGUUAAGAAGAGCCGGGGUGGUUGUGGUGCACAGCAACCGAAGAUCACCAUUGAAGGUAUGAAAAUGGUUGCAGAAUACAAGCUUCAGAAGAAGAAAAGUGAUGACUCAGAACAGCUUCCUGAGCCGGCUGAAAGAAAGCAGCAACUUUCUGCAGAAAAAGUUCUGAGUGUAUUGAAGCGGGUUAGUGAUGAAGACUGCAUAUUGUUGGGGUUGAACCCCAAAUAUGCUCGUCCAGAUUGGAUGAUCCUGCAGGUCCUUCCAAUACCUCCACCCCCAGUCAGACCAUCUGUGAUGAUGGAUACUUCUGCUCGUAGUGAGGAUGAUUUAACUCAUCAACUGGCCAUGAUCAUCAGACACAAUGAGAAUCUAAGGAGGCAAGAAAGGAAUGGAGCUCCUGCACACAUAAUAUCUGAAUUCGCACAGUUACUUCAGUUCCAUGUUGCUACAUAUUUUGACAAUGAGCUUCCCGGUCAACCAAGGGCUACACAACGGUCAGGGCGUCCUAUUAAAUCCAUAUGCAGUAGGCUCAAGGCAAAGGAGGGUCGGAUCAGAGGCAAUCUGAUGGGGAAGCGUGUUGACUUUUCAGCACGUACAGUCAUCACUCCUGAUCCAACCAUUAACAUUGAUCAACUGGGAGUACCAUGGAGUAUUGCUUUGAAUCUUACUUAUCCUGAGACUGUUACUCCUUAUAACAUAGAAAGGCUUAAGGAGCUUGUUGAGUAUGGUCCUCAUCCUCCCCCUGGUAAAACUGGAGCCAAGUAUAUUAUCAGGGAUGAUGGUCAAAGGCUUGAUCUUCGUUACUUGAAGAAAAGUAGUGAUCAUCAUCUGGAGUUUGGAUACAAGGUGGAGAGGCACUUGAAUGAUGGAGAUUUUGUGCUAUUCAAUCGACAACCGAGUCUGCAUAAGAUGUCUAUAAUGGGGCAUAGGAUUAAAAUCAUGCCAUACUCCACCUUCCGGUUAAAUCUAUCUGUCACUUCACCAUACAAUGCUGAUUUUGAUGGAGAUGAAAUGAACAUGCAUGUGCCUCAGUCAUUUGAAACAAGAGCAGAGGUUCUGGAGUUGAUGAUGGUGCCUAAAUGCAUAGUAUCACCUCAGGCCAAUCGGCCAGUUAUGGGUAUCGUGCAGGAUACACUCUUAGGUUGUCGUAAAGUCACCAAGAGAGAUACUUUCAUUGAAAAGGAUGUUUUCAUGAACAUAUUGAUGUGGUGGGAGGAUUUUGAUGGAAAAGUACCAACACCUACCAUUUUGAAACCUAGACCUUUAUGGACUGGGAAACAAGUGUUCAAUCUCAUCAUUCCAAAGCAGAUCAAUCUGAUUAGGACAGCAGCUUGGCAUUCGGAAACUGAAACUGGGCAUAUGACACCAGGUGAUACUCAAGUUCGAAUAGAGAAGGGAGAGGUUAUAACUGGCACUCUUUGUAAAAAAACCCUCGGUGCAUCUACAGGGAGUUUGAUACAUGUCAUCUGGGAGGAAGUUGGUCCGGAUGCUGCCCGCAAGUUUCUUGGACAUACCCAGUGGCUUGUUAACUACUGGCUUUUGCAACAAGGGUUCAGCAUUGGUAUUGGGGACACAAUUGCUGAUGCAGCAACCAUGGAAACAAUCAAUGAAACUAUUUCAAAAGCCAAGAAUGAGGUGAAAGAACUUAUUAGGACUGCUCAUGAUAAACAGCUGGAGCCAGAGCCUGGUCGAACUAUGAUGGAGUCAUUUGAAAACAGAGUGAAUCAGGUGCUGAACAAGGCUCGUGAUGACGCAGGAAGUAGUGCUCAGAAAAGUUUAUCAGAAAGCAACAAUCUCAAGGCUAUGGUGACAGCAGGUUCCAAAGGAAGUUUCAUCAAUAUAUCUCAAAUGACUGCUUGUGUGGGACAACAGAACGUUGAGGGUAAACGAAUCCCGUACGGGUUCAUAGAUCGAACACUUCCUCAUUUCACAAAAGAUGAUAAUGGGCCUGAAAGUCGUGGGUUUGUGGAGAACUCUUAUCUUCGAGGUUUGACACCACAAGAGUUCUUCUUUCACGCCAUGGGAGGUAGAGAAGGUCUGAUUGAUACUGCUGUGAAAACAUCAGAAACUGGUUAUAUUCAGAGGAGACUGGUGAAAGCUAUGGAAGACAUCAUGGUGAAGUAUGAUGGUACUGUGAGGAACUCUCUUGGUGAUGUUAUCCAGUUUCUUUAUGGAGAAGAUGGAAUGGAUGCAGUUUGGAUCGAGUCUCAGAAACUUGAUUCUUUAAAAAUCAAGAAAAAGGAGUUUGAUCGGCUUUUCAAGUAUGAAAUCGAUGAUGAAAACUGGAAUCCAAGUUACAUGCUUCCGGAACAUGUGGAGGAUUUGAAAACCAUCCGGGAGUUCCGGAACGUGUUUGAUGCUGAAGUACAAAAACUUGAAGCUGAUCGUGUCCAGCUUGGAACUGAGAUUGCCACCACUGGUGACAACACAUGGCCGAUGCCUGUAAACCUAAAAAGGUUGAUUUGGAAUGCACAAAAGACAUUUAAAGUUGAUUUGAGAAGGCCAUCUGAUAUGCAUCCUAUGGAAAUUGUGGAAGCUGUUGAUAAGCUUCAAGAAAGGCUGCGUGUUGUCCCGGGUGAUGAUCAGUUGAGUAUUGAAGCCCAAAAGAACGCCACCCUUUUCUUCAAUAUUCUCCUUCGUAGUACUUUUGCUAGCAAGAGGGUGUUGAGUGAGUACAGGUUGACCCGUGAGGCGUUUGAGUGGGUUAUCGGUGAGAUAGAGUCCAGAUUCCUGCAGUCGCUUGUUGCACCUGGGGAAAUGAUUGGGUGUGUUGCGGCCCAGUCUAUCGGUGAACCUGCGACACAGAUGACCCUGAACACUUUCCAUUAUGCUGGUGUGAGUGCCAAGAAUGUUACCCUGGGUGUACCCCGAUUGAGGGAGAUUAUCAAUGUUGCUAAGAAGAUCAAAACCCCUUCUUUGUCGGUAUAUUUGAAGCCUGAGGUUAGUAAAACAAAAGAUCGGGCCAAAAACGUGCAGUGUGCUUUGGAGUACACCACACUACGUAGUGUGACCCAAGCGACUGAAGUGUGGUACGACCCGGAUCCCAUGAGUACAAUCAUCGAAGAAGAUGUUGACUUUGUCAAAUCUUACUAUGAAAUGCCUGAUGAAGAGAUCGACCCGGAUAAGAUAUCUCCUUGGUUGCUACGUAUCGAGUUGAAUCGUGAGAUGAUGGUUGACAAGAAGCUGAGCAUGGCGGAUAUUGCUGAAAAGAUCAAUCUUGAGUUUGAUGAUGAUUUGACAUGUAUAUUCAAUGAUGACAAUGCUGAGAAGUUGAUUUUGAGAAUACGUAUCAUGAAUGAUGAAGCCCCGAAAGGCGAAAUGCAAGACGAAUCGGCUGAGGACGAUGUCUUCCUUAAAAAGAUUGAAAGUAAUAUGUUGACAGAAAUGGCAUUGCGUGGGAUUCCCGAUAUCAACAAGGUGUUUAUCAAAUCGGGGAAAGUGAACAAGUUUGAUGAGAACGAAGGGUUUAAGCCUGAAAACGAAUGGAUGUUGGAUACAGAAGGUGUGAAUCUUUUAGCCGUGAUGUGUCAUGAAGAUGUGGAUGCGUUGAGAUCCACCAGUAAUCAUCUGAUUGAAGUGAUUGAGGUUCUUGGGAUUGAAGCUGUUAGAAGGUCGUUGCUGGACGAGCUUCGUGUCGUGAUUUCGUUUGAUGGGUCGUACGUGAAUUACCGACAUUUGGCUAUUCUAUGCGACACCAUGACGUACCGUGGGCAUCUUAUGGCUAUCACACGACACGGGAUCAACAGAAACGAUACGGGCCCCAUGAUGAGGUGUUCGUUUGAAGAAACGGUUGAUAUUCUUCUUGAUGCUGCGGUUUAUGCGGAAACCGAUUAUCUCCGGGGGGUUACUGAGAACAUAAUGCUGGGGCAGCUUGCUCCUAUUGGGACCGGAGACUGUGCUUUGUUGUUGAAUGAAGAGAUGUUACAGCAAGCGAUUGAUGUUCAGCUUCCGAGUUACAUGGACGGGCUGGAUAUCGGGAUGACACCUGGGCGGUCCCCCAUUACUCCUUUCCACGAUGGUGCAAUGUCUCCCACAAAUUAUUUGUUGAGCCCGAAUCUACGGUUGUCUCCGAUUAACGAUGCACAGUUUUCACCUUAUGUUGGUGGGAUGGGUUUUUCGCCGACUUCAUCACCGGGCUAUAGCCCGUCGUCGCCCGGGUACAGCCCGUCAUCUCCGGGAUAUAGCCCAACCUCGCCUGGGUAUAGCCCGACUUCUCCUGGGUAUAGCCCUACAUCUCCGGGUUACAGUCCCACCUCUCCAACUUACAGCCCGAGUUCACCAGGCUACAGCCCAACAAGUCCUACCUACUCACCCACUUCACCUAGCUACUCCCCUACCUCCCCAAGCUACUCACCCACUUCACCGAGUUACUCACCCACAUCGCCUAGCUACAGCCCGACGUCGCCGGCUUACAGCCCGACAUCUCCGGCUUACAGCCCGACCUCUCCUUCCUACAGCCCGACGUCACCAUCCUACAGCCCAACCUCACCCUCUUACAGCCCGACCUCCCCAUCCUACAGCCCAACAUCACCAUCCUACAGCCCGACCUCUCCAAGCUACAGCCCAACCUCGCCUGCUUACAGCCCGACUUCACCUGGGUACAGUCCUACUUCCCCAAGCUACAGUCCUACUUCUCCAAGUUACAGUCCCACCUCACCAAGUUACAAUCCUUCAUCCGCUAAGUACAGCCCCUCGUUGGCUUAUUCUCCUAGUAGUCCAUACAGCCCUACAUCCCCCAACUACAGCCCCACUUCCCCAUCUUAUUCUCCAACAUCUCCAUCUUACUCUCCUUCCAGCCCUACAUAUAGCCCCACCAGUCCUUACAACUCCGGUGUGAGUCCAGACUUCAGCCCAGGCUCACCCCAAUACAGCCCUAGUGCUGGGUACUCGCCUAGUGCUCCUGGGUAUUCGCCAUCAUCAACAAGCCAGUAUACUCCUCAUAUGAGCAACAAGGACGAUACAUCAAAGCCAUAAUAAACAUAUAUAUUCUAUUUUGGAGAAAACCCUAAAGGAUAUAAUAGAUGGAUGGAUGCUAGUCUUGCAUGUGUUCUGUAAUUUGUAUCUCCAUCUCCCGUUUCCAUGGAUUGGAUUGGAUUGCUACUUGUUAGAUAAAACAUGAUGGACUUGACUAAAAACAAGAAAGAGUAUUAUUGUCUUUUUUUGCUCCAGAUCUCAACUAAAAACUGGGCUAACUGAAUAUCCAUCCAUCAACUUGUAAAAUUUGCUCUCCCAAGUUUAAUGUCAUCGUCAACAAUUAGAUUUGGUGCAUCUAUCACCGGACUUGCUUUGAAAUCAUAUGUAUUUAUUUUUAACAUUUAACUUAAUGUGUUGCCAUACUACAUCACUGUUGGUUGGAUGACAUAAGAUACAACAUUGAAAAAAACUAUAUAGAUAAAAAGUUUGAAAAAUGC